GAUGAUGGUGUUGUAAACGAUCAUAAUCAUAAUCAUCAUGACCAUCAACAAUUGUUAUUAAACGAUUAUUGUUUAACAUCGAAUAAAAUUCGAUUACAUUGUCAAGAUUUUUUCAUUAAUCUUCGAAAUCGUCAGGGAUGCAAUUGCCAAUUGUUCAAGUCUUCUUCAACAAUACGAAAGAACCUAAUCGGGGGAGGAAUUAUCAAUCGAGACGAUUCGAACAAAUUAUUGGACGUAUCCCAAAAACAACAGCAACAGCAACAACAACAACAACAACACCAACAAUUUCGACAAGUAGUUGUAAAAGAAGAAGAAGAAGAAGAAAAAUUAGAAGAAGAAAAACGUUUUUUAUUGGUGACGAUGAAAAUGAUGAUGAGAAAUCCAAAAGAAUUGUCAUCGAUCAAGGAUCAUCAUUAUUAUUUACCAAUCAAAAUGGAAACGAAUAAUCAAGAAUUGGUAAGCAGUGCACCAAAUAAUCCAACAGAUUCGGAUGAGAUUGACUGGGAUAUGUGGUGCAUGGCACAGUGCGAUAUCGGCCAUGGGGGAAGUGCCUGCGAGUGUGACAUCAUUCCUUGAAUUUUUAUUCCUGGUUCCUUUUUUUUUUAUUUUUAUUUUUAUAUAUAUUAUAUAUAUAUAUUUCAAAACA